UGCUGCGACCAUUGGUUAUUAGGGUUAAAACCCCCCCCAAUCCACCAUGGACGAGUUACCUCUGGAGCUGGCGGUGGAUAUCCUGAGUCGACUCACCAAUUCCGACGACCUCGCUCGAUGCCGAGCCGUUUCCAAGACUUUCAACUCGAUUGCGCGGCAGGUUCGCAUCGUGAACCUUAUCUGUACCCGGUCCCGGUUUCUGAAAUCGCGUCGGUUGCUGCCGGAGAGCGAGAUCAUCACGACACCGUUCAAGGCGAUCUUUCGAAAGCUUGUCUCCGAUUCACGUGAUCUGCAGUCUGUAUCGAUCGGCGUCGAGAAGGCGCUCGGUGGAUUGCAGUUCAUUGACUUGGAGGAGGACGAGUCCGACGAUUUGUACCUCACCGAUGUCAAUUUCGUGCAGGAGUGGUUGCCUAAUGUUUGUGGAAACCUGGAGAUUCUGUCAAUUUCGGAUUUCUGGAUUCAGUCUUGUUGGAGAAGAUCGGGUGUUCUUGCGCUCAUUUCUUCGAAUUGUAGUAGUCUAGUUGAACUGGAGUUAAAGAAUGCUUGGCUAUCAGUUGAAGGCCUGACCGAGAUGCCAAAUCUAAGAAGUCUGACCCUCGAGUUUAUCAGAAUCGAUGACGAGAAUCUAGACAAGAUCAACAGUUGCUUCCCUUUCCUUCAAGUGCUGAAUCUGAUCGGUGUUGGAGGACUUAAAGAGCCGAAAAUCCAUCUCUUGCACCUUAGAGCUUGUCACUGGACAGUGUCAAAUGCUCCACUUUCAUUGGCUAUAUCAGCUCCAAACCUUGUUGAACUUACGCUGAAGUGCGUCAAACCCAAAGGUCUUGUCCUCAAAACACCCAAGUUGGCGAAAUUCCAGCUCUUACUAGAGGAAGCAAACGAUGUCAGCUUCUCGGAAUUCCAGGAUCUGGGUACCCUAGAGCUCGUAUCUCCCGACAUAAACAGGUUAAUAAACUGCAUUCCCCACUUUGGCAACACCGUCAGAAAGCUGACAGUGGAUUCGUUCAAGUCUGAAAGGGCAAAACUUGGACUGGAAACGCUUCUGGAGGCAUUCCCGCACAUUGUUUCUCUCGGUCUGGGUCCUGGGUGUUGGUCAGAAAUGGAAAGUUGCCUCGAGAAAGGUGGUCCGAAACACAGGAGCCGAAAGAGUAAACUGAGGGAGAUAAAAGCGCAUAUUCAGACCCGAGAUGUAGGAGUGACGGUUUCAUUUAUCGGGUAUAUAAUCGAGAAUUGCUCGGGUUUGACAGACAUGAGGCUGCUGAAACACGAUCAUGGCGUCCGAAGCAAACUGAUAAGGACGUGCACGAAGUGUCAUCCGGGAGUGAGAUGGAAAUGGGGAAUGUGGGGGGGUUUUAACCCUAAUAACCCAUUUGGGUCGCAGCAAUUUCAGGUUGCAGGAGAAGACAUAUAUGAGUGGAAAUCAAGGGAAAACGUGCAGUCAAACGUUCUUAGCAUCAAACACAAGGAAGCUACUUCGAGAAGUAUCACCACAAGUGGACUGAGUAAAGGUAGAAUGCCGACACACGAUAGAUUGUUCAGAUGGAAUAUUAUUCAGAACUCAACUUGUGUCAUCUGCAAUGAGGAAGAGGAGUCACACGAUCACCUCUUCUUUCGAUAUCGUUUUAGUGCUGAAACAUGACAGGGACUCACGUCGAAGAUUUGGAGAGACUCGCCGGCAACCCUCUCGAUGUGCCUCUCUUGGAUGGAAGCAAUCCCACAAUCCGAUGGUAUCAAGCGAAGCAUUCUUCUAAAAAUUAUCAUACACCAUGUUGUUUACGGGGUAUGGAAGGAGCAGAAUUCCCGCAUCUUCUCAAAUGUCUCUGCAACUUCCCAUGUCAUGCGCUCACGUAUCGAUCAAUCAGUCGGAAACACCCUCCUGUCGCUGCAACAGGUUCGAGAAAGUGAAAGCAACACUCUGCUUCAAAACUGGUAUUCACUUCUACUGUAUGACAUGGCGUAGACAAAGAAAAUAUAGAUUUGGUGUAAUAGUUAUAUUUCUUUCGAGGUUA